AUGACAUUCAUAAACAAUAAUGCUGAUUUGUAUUUGGCCGUAAUGCCGAGCGCUAGAAAACAGACGUGGGAGAUAACUAUGCUUCAAAACAAAUUAAAAAGAAAAGGAGGAGCAGAAAAGAACAGAAAUAAAAAACGAAAAGAGUUAUUAGAAGAGAGCAAAGCAUGUUUAAGAUUGGAUAGUUCUUCUGAUUGGCAACAUAUUUAUUUGAGAAUCGGAGAGCACGAAAACUCCGCUCACCAUAGAGAUUGUGUCAAUAGUCAUUUUAUGACAAAAGAAGAUAAAGAUAUUAAGAAAAUGAUUAUUUACGGUUGCACAGAUGUCAGAGGGCAACAAAUUGAAAGACGUAGAAAUAUUGUUGAAAGAAUUAUUGAUGUUGUAAAACUCAUUGGAAAAUGUGGUUUGGCAUAUAGAGGAAAAAGAAACGAGGCUGCAUACACAUUAAAUAAUCCAAACAUCGAUCAUGUUAAGAGUGAAAAGAUCAAAGACAAAGACAGUAAACAAGGUGGUGGAUUAAUAACAUUUUUAUCCAAAAAUACUUUUAACAACAUCUUAGAAGUAUGUUCCGAUCUUAUAACUGAAACAAUUGUGUCAGAAAUAAAAAAAUCAAGAAUGUAUUCUAUACAAAUAGACACGACGCAGGAUGUCAGAUUUAAAAAAUGUACAACAACAACUGGUCAAGCAUUUGCAGAUUUAGUAGUUCAAACAUUGCAAUCAAAAGGUAUUUCACUAAAUAAUUGUAUUGGGAAUUCAACCGAUGGGGCCAGUAAUAUGCAGGGACAAUACUCAGGAUUCGCUAAAAAGAUGGAAGAUUUAGCUCCUAAUCAAGUGCACGUAUGGUGUGUGGGACAUAUUCUAAAUUUAGUAUUGCAAGAUGUCACUAGUAGCGAAAUUCAUGUUGCAAACUUAUUUGAACUACUCAAUAGCACAGCUAGUUUCAUUCGACGAUCAUAUGUACGUAUGGAUCGUUGGAAUGAUAUAGUUACUAAAAUGAAACUCAAUUUAAUUGGAGAAACGAAAUGGUGGGCGAAGGAAGUAGCACUCAAACAAAUUUUUGGACUAUUCGACACUAAAAAUUUUAAUGCAAUAGUGUUCCUUAAAAUAUUUAGUAUUACAAGACCUUUAUCUAAAUAUCUUCAGAGUAAUAAUUGUGACAUAUUACAAGCAUGCAAUAUGAUUAAAAAAUCUGAAGUUCAAUUACAGCAAGUAGAAUUUUCUGAAAUUCAUGAAAAAACCAAUAUAUUUAUAGAACAUAUGAAUGAUGAACUUGAUGAAAUUGAUAUUGUUAUUGAAAAAAAUGCAAUGAAAAAAAUUAGUGAAAAAUUGAAUUUUAUAAAUCCAAAUAUAACUCAAGCUUCACUAAAAGAGGAAUUUCUUGACUUUAUACACAAAUUUGACUCUUUAAAACAAAAUAUAAGUUUUAGUUAUGUAAACGAGGAUGAAGAUUUAGAUGACUAUAAUUUAGACGAAAAAGAAUAUCUAAUUAGUGAAAAUGCCUCCUAUCCUUCAUUAUUCUUGGCUUAUAAGUAUAUACUAACUUUGUCUGUAUCACAAGUUUCUUGCGAACGAUCAUUUUCUAAGCUCAAAUACAUCAAAAACAGGUUGCGUAGUACACUAUCAUCUUCACACAUGGAACAACUUAUGAUUAUAUGCACAGAAAAAGAUAUAAUAAACCAACUUGAAAAUAAAAGAAUUAUUGACAAAUUUGCAUCUCAAAAUAAACUACUCAAGACACUAUUAAUCUUAUAA